AUGGCUAGUGAAAAUAUGACGGAUUAUGAUAACAGAGUUGUUGAUAGCGACACUGGUUUGCAGGACGCUAUCUCUGAGCUUAAACUGAAAGUAGCGGAAGGGAACAUUCUACUAGCUGUUGAUUGUGAGGGGAAUUCGUUGAGCAGAAAGGGAGCCCUUACCAUCAUCACAGUAGCAACUGAAGAGAAGGUCUACAUAUUUGAUGUGCAGAAAUUAGGACAAACCACAUUCAGCAGUGGACUUGGCGAAAUCCUUGAAGACGAAUCUCGUAAGAAGUUGAUGUUUGAUUGUCGACAAGACUCCGACGCGCUUUGGCAUCAGUUUAAGGUAAAAUUGAGCGGAGUUUUGGACCUUCAGCUGCUUGAAGUCAUCUAUCGCCGUGAAAACCCGUCAGCUUCCACAACUAACACUGCGCAGUCUCCCUCCAAGAAUAAACGUGGAGGUCAUCGCAAUCGUCGGAGUCAGCGAACAGAUGAAGUAGAGAAGAUAUAUGGGUUUGGUCGUUGCAUUGAGUUGUACCUCCAAGACGAAAAGUUGAUCAAAAUAAAGGAUAAGGGAAGAGAGUUGUUAGAGGAGGAUGAUGAACUGUGGACGAAGAGACCAUUGACGGAUGAACUCAUCCAGUACUGCGUUGUGGAUACAAUGGUCAUGUUCAGAUUGUACAACAAGAUGAAGGAUGUCAACGGUGGAGAGCAGGCCCGCCUACGAGUGGCAUCCAAAAAGUAUGUUGACCUGUAUCGAGGCAAAACGGAAAGAUCUUUCGAUGAAUAUGAAACGAAUGGCUACCUUCCUCUCGAUAUCAUCCCUUGA